CCAUCACCUUCAGCCCUCCCCUCACUCUCCAAACCCACAAACGAGCAUCGGUUAAUUUCGAGCCCAUUCUCUCCUGUGGCUCCGUGGAGGCAGAAACUUGUACGACCGACUUUGAGCCGUAGACUGUAGUUUUUCCCACCCAGAAAACCUUCUCUUGUGAUUUUUAUCUUGCGCUGAAAACGUGGACAUGAACCUGCCGCUCGGAUUCUGCAACGCUUAAAAGUUGUGGAUGGUUACUUUUGCGCGUAAACAUUUAAAGGACUAUUUUAUCUCCAAAAGUUGCAGCACGAAACCAGAGCGGGUCAGAUUCUUCCCUCUGCGAAAAUAUCACCCACAAUCAGGCUGGAAGACCAUCCACUUGGGAGAACACCGCGAAUCCGCAGAGCGCAGAUGAUCGCAACUGGUGUUUGUGGCGUCGCGCUGGUGCUGGUGUUGGUGGUUCUGAUUCCGGUCGUGGUGAACUCCGCCGGACCUCCAGCCCGCUACGAGAUGCUCGGAUCCUGCCAAAUGGUGUGUGACUCCCACGGGACCGCGGCCACGGCCACAGCCAAGGCAACCAACCCGAUCAAAGACAACCGUCUGGUUCAGUCGCUUCCCACGUUCAUCCAGGGUCCUCAGGGAGAGCCGGGGCGGGUCGGGAGGGUGGGACCCAGGGGUCCGGUUGGUGAACCCGGGCCGCCCGGACCUGCUGGCCCACCCGGGGAAAGAGGGGUACCUGGCCCUCCAGGUUCACCAGGUGCGCCUGGAGCAAAUGGGCCAAAUGGAGCCAUUAGCGCAGCCACUUACAACACUAUUCCAAAGAUUGCGUUUUACGCAGGACUGAAGAAGCAGCAUGAGGGCUAUGAAGUGCUGAAGUUCGACGACGUUGUCACAAAUCUCGGCAAUCACUAUGAUCCCUCCAGCGGAAAAUUCACCUGUUCGAUACCGGGGAUUUACUUCUUUGUUUACCAUGUGCUGAUGCGAGGCGGGGAUGGAACAAGCAUGUGGGCUGACCUCUGUAAAAACAACCAGGUGAGAGCCAGCGCCAUCGCACAGGACGCCGACCAGAACUACGACUACGCCAGCAACAGUGUUGUUCUUCAUCUGGAGCCCGGGGACGAGAUUUAUAUAAAGCUGGACGGCGGGAAGGCGCAUGGGGGCAACAACAACAAGUACAGCACCUUCUCCGGCUUCAUGUUGUACGCUGAUUGAAACACGGAGGGGCUCAGCUGAGGGGAGAAAGAGCUGCUCUACAUUUAGUUUGCUUCACUGCUCGUGCUCAGUUCAAUGUCAGCCGGAUUAUUAGAGACAGAGCUCACCGUUUCUGUAUUUCAAAAGAAUCAAGGGAGAUGUGGAGGAAGUCAUGCAAAAAAGAAAACAGCACCUUGCAAUAUGACAAGCUGACAAUGUAACUACAGGAAAACAAUAAUGAAUUUUAUUUUGUACCGCACUGAGUUGUACUCAUGUCAGGUUGAUUAGUGUCGCUUGUGCACCCUGAAUGAACUGUUAGGCUUUGCAAAUUAAGUUUGCUCAUAUGUCAAACAAACUGUAGCUGCUGUGGUAACAUAAGCUGAGUGACUUUAGAUUGAGAGUUCAAUGUAUUGACCCUUAGCGAUCAAUUAUAGAUGCUGAUAUUGUACUCACAUACUCUGUUGACAGUGUUGUUCGUCCCCUUGUGUGCUUUAUUUUCCAAAAAUAUGUCAUAGUUGUUGCAUUCUGGGUGAAAGUGUUCAAAGCUGUAGUUAUGCAUGUCUAUAAAAGUUGAUAUUUUAACACUGUGCAGCAUAAAGAGACUUUAAAGAGAAACAAACAUUCUGUAAAGGGCCCUUCUGAUGCUCGCUAUCACAAAAUGGAUCAUUUUUCUUGUGUGUGUCAACAUGACAUCUGGUUGGGGCGACAGGGUGGUCUGGUGGUUAGUCACCAUCACAAAACUGGCCGGCCACGCUAACAGAUAUGUUUCCUCCAGCUCGACAACAUUCAUCAAUCUGCUCGCUGAUUAUUACGCCCCUCCAAAGAGGACCGCCGCUUAAAAUGUAAUGCCAAAUUAAAUCCUGCGCCUCGCUUUGUAAUCCUCUCUGAAAAUUAAUCAAAGUUGUAUAGCUGUUUGCGGCUCGCACAGUCAGCUGUGGCGAUCGUGCCAUUGAUCAUGUGGUGAAGUCACCCUGUGAGGCCACCUGUUCCCAGAUGAGAGGAGAACAUGUCCUUCAUUUGGGCCUGCCAGACACUCAGCCUCCCAUAGACACACAGACACCCAGUGAGGGGCAACAGGACAACUCAUCUAACACAGCCGCAUUGUGUCAAGAGCAGAGUAGCAUACUGAUUACCGACAUGCUCAUUAUUUCCCCUCCCAUACAACGUGUUUGCAGAAAUGUCACUUACAAACACAAAUAAAGUGGCUAUGACAUUGACAUUGAAAUUAAAAAAUCAAUUAGCACCACAGUUGUGAGCACCGCUGCAGAGAACCUGUGGAGAUUGGAAAUAUUUAUCCUCGACUGUAAUCACAUUCUGCAAACAAACGAUUUUUUCCGUGGCAUAAAUGGGGCUAAAACAAGGCGGCUUAAUGAGAGGCACUGUGAUCCUGCAAGGCUCCUUCAUAUCAUUUGCGUACAAAGUUAAUAAUGUAUAAUUACAAAUAUAAAAUUAGGUUUUAAUCAAUAAGAAUAUCUAUAAAAACGCUUUCAGCUGGAAGAAACUACAGCCUGUGAUCCUUUUCCUUUCAAAAGAUGAAGUCAUGAAACAUCAGCUCCGCUGAAAAAUUUAAGAAGACUGAAAUUAAAGACUAAUUACAGACUAACUCUGAACUUGUUGGUAUAAAGGUUCUAAAGCACAUUAAUAAAUGAAUUUAAAUUGUG